UAUUAUGCGUCUUCUGUCUCCGGUCAGUUGUUUCACACCGGACGUAUUUUUAUAGCGACACAACCAAUAUGGACGCCGUAUCCCAGCGUGUUUUGGACUAUUUGACAGAAGUUGAGGGGGCAGCUGAAGAAGUUCUCACUACUAAACAGCAGAUAGUGGACCUGGACACAAAGAGAAACAGCAACAGAGAGGCACUGAACGCCCUGAAAAAUGAAAUGUCAGACUCAGAGAAAGUGAAGGUUUGCUUCGGGAACAUGUUCAUCAAACUUCCCAAACUGAAAACGAAGGAGAUGAUUCAGAAAGACCAAGAGCAGCUGGACAAGGAGAUAAACGACCUUCGCAAAGGACUGAAAGCAAAAGUCAAUCGUCUCAAUGAGAUGCAAGGAAAACCUGAGCUGAGAGGCUACAACCUGUCCCCUCUGUCCUCUGACGAAAUGAAAGCCAUUAACAGCCUUUUAAAGAGAUGACAUCAGAUCUGGAAGCUGCUGAAUAUGUCUGAGGACAUCGAAACAAAGAGAACAACUGUCAGUUGUGCAGACGGCACUGUGACGUGUUACAGAUCUGGAUGAUCUGACGACACUUAAUGAUUCACAAAAUUGAUUUUACAGACAUCUUCAUAACCUGCCUUCAGGACUUUGUGAAACAAAAAGCUAAUUUAAGACAGGAACUAUAUUUAGGCCAUAUUCAUACCAAAGCAGGGGUUGCAUCUGUUGCUGGCAGGGAUGUGUUUAUUUGGGCUUUAGAAGGGAGACUAGUGAGAUUAGUGAAACAGUCAGAAAGUCAUUUUUCUCUUUUCUUUAAGACCUUUAUCGUUACCAGCUCUAUUUCUUGCUAUGUUGCUAUUUUGCAGCCUUAGGGUGCUCUUUUUUGUUUUUUGGCCCUCAGUCAUUCCCUUCUUCAUUGUCUGUUGUUGAAGCGACAACAUUUUUCAGCCAUCUUAAAGAGCUGUCUGCUGUGGUAACCGACACUUGUAAAGGCAUCACAAAUGCUGAAAAACACACAACUAUUGUGUGUACAAACAGCAACACUAAAGUUAGUUCGCAUUGCAGUUGUAUGGUUUUUGAUUGUUAGAACCAUAUCUGGCACAGUGGCUUGUGGUGCUCUGUAGACACUGGCUGCAGCUUGACAGCUUAAUAGUGUUCUAACUUCUGCUAGCAACACACACAGCAUGUGUUGUUCCAAAUCAUAAACAUUUCAGAUAAUGUAGCUAAAAAGCAAAUGUCAGGCUAACAGCAGUAUUAAACAUACAGUUCAUUGCUGUUCAUUUAUCUAAACAUUGGAUGGUAAAAAUGUGGCUUACAACUGAAAGUCAAUGUAUGACAGCUUCUGGCAGACAACCAAAACGGGUCUUAAAAGUGAAGCCAACAUGGAAGUGUCUUAAAACCUGCAUUCUAUUUAAAGGCCAGCAGGGGGAGCUCUACUGGCUGCAAUAACACACAGAUACUAUGCAGUCGUCUUUUCGUUUCCUAAUGAGUUUAUGGUCUUAGUCUCUAGAGACUUCAGAACGGUGCUCCACAAACAUGGGUGUCACAAUAGGUUCACACUUUAACGUCUCAGAAUGAGGAAGCAUCUUUACAAAGGGGUCAGACAAUCACACAGGUUGUAAAGAAGCAGACAUAUUAACUACCUUUUUUGGUGGUAAUCCUCACUGCACAGUAAAUCUGCACACAGACACUGUAAGUACAGUUGAAGUUUAGGCAGGAAAUUUAAAGUUUACAACCCCAAUUGCUUUUGUUUUCUCUCCAAAGUAAGUUUUUCUAACCUGUUGGGAAGCCUGAUUGGAAUAUAAAUGACCUUUGAGGAGUGUUUGAUGUGACCUCCUGUAUUGAGUGUAACUGUUGAAUGGGCCACCAGUUGGCAGUGCAGUGUUAUUGUACAGCAGAGGGCUGGAGCCUUGUUUCACUCACUGCCUCCACAGCCUCACAGCCAGUCCUCAACUCCGCUGGCAUUAAUGCAGCCCUGCUUUAUAGCCAGCAAUGAAAUGCACACCAGAAUUGGUUCCUGGAUGUUCAACAAAAUCCUUCAGCCUUGCAGAUGUCCAGUAUGUUUGCCAGUGCAUGAUGUUUGUGUUUUCACAUUGUUUGUAACUUUUGUUGUCCUUUUUAACUUAAUUUACUAUGUCUAUGAAUAAAUGCCCUUAAUAUGUU